UGCAGAGAAAAUCUUGAGUUCAUGCCGAAAGACUAUCCUGCACAGACACAGAAUCUGCAUUAUACAGCAUCAUUAUCAUGGGCGCCAAUGCCUCGGCAUUAGAGAAAGAGAUUGGUCCAGAAUAGUUUCCAGUCAAUGAGCACUAUUUUGGAUUAGUCAAUAACUUUUUGACAAUUACAUGCAGCAAGAUGCCCAUGAAUUCUUAAAUUACCUGCUAAAUACAAUUGCUGAUAUUUUACAAGAAGAAAGAAAGCAGGAGAAACAAAAUGGCCGUUUACCUAACGGUAAUAUUGACAAUGUCAACAACAGCACACCAGACCCAACGUGGGUUCACGAGAUUUUUCAGGGAACACUGACAAAUGAAACCAGAUGUCUUACUUGUGAAACUAUAAGCAGCAAAGAUGAAGAUUUUUUAGACCUUUCUGUUGACGUGGAACAAAACACAUCGAUCACUCACUGCUUAAGGGGAUUCAGCAACACAGAAACUCUGUGCAGUGAGUACAAAUAUUACUGUGAAGAAUGUCGCAGCAAACAGGAAGCACACAAACGGAUGAAAGUUAAAAAACUGCCCAUGAUUCUGGCCCUGCACCUGAAGAGGUUUAAAUACAUGGAUCAGCUUCAUCGAUACACAAAACUGUCUUACUGGGUAGUGUUUCGUCUGUUUAACACCUCUGGUGAUGCGACAAAUCCUGACAGAAUGUACGACCUUGUCGCCGUGGUGGUUCACUGUGGAAGUGGUCCCAAUCGAGGACAUUAUAUUGCAAUAGUUAAGAGUCAUGAUUUUUGGUUAUUGUUUGAUGACGACAUUGUAGAAAAAAUAGAUGCACAAGCUAUUGAAGAAUUCUACGGGUUGACAUCAGAUAUCUCAAAGAACUCAGAGUCUGGUUACAUCCUUUUCUAUCAGUCUCGGGACUGAGCAGGACCAUGAUGAAGAGAUACUUUCUGCCUCAUUUCUUCUCUGGUUAUUUUGGAAAGGAUCAAGCACUGAUUUUUCAAGACAAGAGAAAUGCAGGAAGCUCAGGGGGCAGUAGCACACUUUGCACACAAUAAAGCAAAGACUAUGGAUUAACACACUCUUCCUAUCAUGGUAGUUGAUUUAUUUGCUCAGGUAUCAUGCUGUCUGUGCAGUUCCACACAACAAGGAAGUGAAAUCAGAGAUAGCAGCUCCUCUUGUAAAACAGCCUUCCAGUAAUUGAUAUGCUUUUCUCUUUAUUAAUUGCACCAGUAAUGAUUUGAACUCUUUGGGGGUGCAGUAGAAAGACUAGGAAUCUGUGCUAGGUUGUAUUGAUCAUUUAAGGAGAUCACACCAAACACACUGCGUAAAUUUGCCUGUGUUGAAGCCACACAGAAGGAAUAUUUGGUGUCUUUUCAAGUGUAAACCAGAACUGCAUUUGGGCCCAACACUUGCGAUUGCCUUCCUGAUGUCAGAACUCAGCUCACUAGAAUCCAGUGUCAGGAAGGCAAAUAUGUUUUGCUUCUCUGAAGAAGCUUAUAAUAAUAUACAGUAUAUGUAUAUGUAGGGAACAAUUGGUCAAAAGUGGCUUUUUGUUUCCCCAAGGGGAAAGACUGGCUUUGUAAUUAUCAUUUUUUUUCUUAUUUAUUUUACUUAAAACUGGUAGAGUCUUAAGUAUUUUGUGAAGUGCCCAUGAUUCUGUCAGUAAAUUUGAGCAUAUUUUUAUUAGUUUUUGUCAGUUUUACUAGUCCUUUUGUUUGUUUCUAUUUUGAAGGUGAAUUGUAAACUCUAUUUUAAAGUCCUAGGAUACCUUAAGAAAAAUUUGCAAUGAGAGGAGAUAAAUACUCUUUUUCAGGAGGAACUGAUAUCUCUGGCUAAUAUUUGUCCUUUGUUAGAGUUUACAAAUCAGUUGUUCAGCUUUAAUCUCAGCAGCAUAAAAAACUGUCAGAAUCUCCCUGUCACCGUUGGAAGGAUGAAGGAACGUGUGGCCCCGUGGGGGCGCAACAGUCCUGAGCACUCUCAAGUUCUCGGACGUUUCAGGAUGAGGCCGCGCUUGGAAAAUGGGUGUCGUAGCAGUUAUGUUCUCUUCAAACGUCAUUCUUUACCCAGGAAAGAAGUAAUCUGUCAGAACCCCAGCAGCCCCCGAGGCUCGCUGCACACACC